AUGAAUUCUGUCCCUUGCGCCAAGAACAGACAAAGCGCCCCCGCCCUUUCCCAAGCCAUCUCCCAUCUGCUUUCAUACUGGCCUCUGCUCUCAGACGCGCAAUUGGGCAUCCAUUUCGACCACCCCGCCAUUUCCCCCCUCGCCCCGCCGACACCGCUACUCACAGAGCAAACAACAAUCUCGAUAAUGUCUGAUCCGACCGCGCCCUCGGCGCACCGUCCUCGAGCGUCUGAGGAUUUUGGCGUCUUUGAUGAUGCCAAAACCUAUUAUGCCUCCGAUGAGCGACACACUGGUCGCUUCGCGAACCGGACUCGCACAUACUCCCAGAGCAGUUUGAUCAAGCAAAUAGAGCGAAUGAAUCUCCCGGAGCCUUUCCGGCGUGGAAGUCACGAUGAGAGCAAUCUGGAGCAGGGUCGACGCUUUCUCAUCCAAGUUGAUGCGACCCUCGAGAGUCUGAAAGCCCAAGAAGAUACCGACGGGAAUAUGCAAAUCACAAUUGAGGACCAUGGACCCAAAGUCCUUCCCCUGCGAACGGCUGCCUCCGCUGGCUAUCAUCGAUUCGAAGUCCGUGGCACGUAUAUGUUGUCCAACCUGCUUCAGGAGUUGACCCUGGCCAAAGAAUACGGCCGCAAGCAAAUUAUCCUCGACGAAGCCCGACUCAACGAAAAUCCUGUCAACCGCCUCUCCCGUCUUAUCAAAGAUCAUUUCUGGGAUGGUCUGACGCGACGUAUCGAUGCGUCGAGCAUUGAGAUUGCUGCUCGUGACCCCAAAGACUGGACCGAUGAUCCUCGACCGCGUAUCUAUGUGCCAUUCAAAUGCACGACACAAUAUGAAUACUACAAGCAGGUCGCCCUCGAUCGUCCAGAGAUUCGACUGGAUGUCCAAUUACUCCCCGAAGUUAUUACCCCGGAGAUUAUUCGUGACAUGAAUGCGAAGCCUGGUCUUCUCGCUGUUGCCGUUGAAGAGAUUGAGGAGCAAGACCCUGUCAAGGGAACCAUCAAAACCCUCCGUGGACUUCCUUUCGUUGUGCCUGGUGGUCGAUUCAAUGAGCUGUACGGAUGGGAUAGCUACAUGGAGUCUCUCGGAUUGCUGGUCAAUGACCGAGUUGACCUAGCCAAGGCAAUGGUGCUCAACUUUUGCUUCUGCAUCGAGCACUACGGCAAGAUCCUCAAUGCCACACGGUCAUACUAUCUGGGGCGCUCCCAGCCUCCUUUCCUCACCGACAUGGCGCUACGAGUAUACGAAAAAAUCAAGCACGAGCCCGAUUCCCUCGAGUUCUUGCGUCGCUCCAUUCUGGCAGCUAUCAAGGAGUACCAUAGUGUCUGGACUGGGCAGGCUCGGCUGGAUCCUACUACUGGUCUAUCGAGAUACUGCCCAGAAGGUCUUGGAGUUCCGCCCGAGACCGAACCUAGCCACUUUGUCCACAUUCUGGAGCCAUAUAUCGAGAAGCACGGUAUGAAAUUCGAUGAAUUUGUUCGCGCUUACAACUAUGGCGAGAUCAAGGAGCCGGAAUUGGACAACUACUUUAUGCAUGAUCGUGCCGUGCGAGAGUCGGGCCAUGACACCAGCUACCGCUUUGAGGGAGUUUGUGCCAACCUUGCCACCAUUGAUUUGAACUCGCUACUGUUCAAGUACGAAACCGACAUUUCUCGCACUAUCCGAAGCCUCUUUGACGACAAGCUCGUCAUGCCUGAGGAGUUUUGCCAAGGCACCCCGUACAAGCCUGGCGACAUUCUCACCUCUGCCCUGUGGGACCGCAAGGCCAAGAGGCGCAAGCUUACCAUGGACAAGCUGAUGUGGAAUGAGGAGGAAGGCAUGUUUUUUGACUACGACUUUGUCAACAAGAAGCGCUGUACAUAUGAAACUGCUACAACGCUGUGGUCGCUGUGGGCGGGUGUCGCCUCGCCCAAACAGGCGGCAGAUAUCGUGAGGAAGGGUCUCCCCAAGUUUGAAGAAUUUGGUGGUCUGCUUGCCGGUACCGAAAGCUCGCGCGGAAAGGUCGGCCUGGAGCGACCCAACCGGCAAUGGGAUUACCCGUACGGUUGGGCACCGCAGCAGAUGUUGGCCUGGACGGGCCUGCUCCGCUACAGCUUCAACGAAGAAGCGGAGCGCCUGGCAUACAAGUGGCUGUUUAUGAUUACCAAGGCAUUUGUCGACUUUAAUGGCGUUGUUGUGGAAAAGUACGACGUGACGCGACCCAUCGACCCUCACCGCGUGGACGCCGAGUACGGCAACCAGGGUCUCAACUUCAAGGGCGUCGCCAAAGAAGGAUUCGGCUGGGUCAAUGCCAGUUAUGUGUAUGGUCUGCAGAUUGUGAAUGCGCACAUGCGCCGUGCGCUUGGGACGCUGACGCCGUACCCGACGUUUAUCAAGGCCAUUGAGCAAAUGAAUGAAAAGGCGCUUGCCGAUCUUGAGUAG